AAAAACCAAACAAUUGUCUUAACUUCUCUAUGUUUCCAACACUAGUCGUCUCACUAUCACAAGAACUCGAAGAAGCUUCUUUCAUUCACUACUACUCACAGAUCUCUUGUUUCUUGAAGAAGAAAAAAAUGCAGCAAAACUCUGUUCUUCUUGCUCUGUUUCUCCUCUGUUUUUCAAUCGGGUCGGGUUCGGGUCAACCGGGUCAAAGAGACGAUCUUGAAACUCUUCUCGAACUAAAGAACUCUUUUCUCACAAACCCAAAAGAAGAAAACCUUCUCCGAGAUUGGAAUUCCGGUGAUCCCAAUUUCUGCAACUGGACCGGCGUCACAUGCGGUGGUCGUGAAAUCAUCGGUUUAAAUCUCUCCGGUUUAGGUUUAACCGGGUCAAUUUCACCUUCAAUCGGCCGGUUUAACAACCUAAUCCACAUCGAUUUGUCUUCGAACCGUCUCGUUGGUCCCAUCCCAACGACUCUCUCUAACCUCUCUUCUUCAUUGGAAUCGUUGCAUCUCUUCUCUAACCAACUCAGUGGCGAGUUACCGAGUCAACUCGGCUCACUCGUGAAUCUCAAGUCGUUAAAACUCGGUGACAACGAGCUCAACGGAACAAUCCCGGAGACUUUUGGGAACCUCGUCAACCUCCAGAUGCUAGCUUUGGCUUCGUGUAGACUCACCGGUUUUAUACCGAGUCAACUCGGUAGUCUCGUUCAAAUCCAGGCUUUGAAUCUACAAGAUAACGAGCUCGAAGGACCGAUUCCGGCGGAGAUCGGAAACUGCACCAGCCUCGUUAUGUUUGCCGCGGCGGUGAAUCGUCUCAACGGUUUGAUUCCAAAGAGAUUAACAGAGUUAAGGAAUCUUCAAAUACUUGAUUUGUCUUCGAAUAAUCUCACCGGAGAAAUACACGAAGAGUUCUGGAGAAUGAAUCAGCUUGUUGCUUUGGUUUUAGCGAAAAAUCGUCUCUCUGGUUCGUUACCAAAGACUAUAUGUUCUAACAACACGAGCUUGAAGCAACUGGUUCUGUCUGAAACUCAACUUUCCGGCGAAAUUCCGGUGGAAAUCAGUAAAUGUCAGUUACUAGAAGAGCUUGAUUUGUCGAACAAUACGCUCACAGGUCGAAUCCCGGAUUCGUUGUUUCAGCUCGUUGAACUCACGAAUCUUUAUCUUAACAACAAUAGCUUGGUGGGUACGUUAUCUUCCUCAAUAUCAAACCUCACGAAUCUACAAGAGUUUACUCUGUAUCACAAUAACUUGGAAGGCAAGGUACCGAAGGAAAUCGGAUUUCUUGGUAAAUUGGAGAUUAUGUAUCUAUAUGAGAAUCGGUUUUCGGGUGAAAUGCCGGUUGAGAUUGGGAAUUGCACGAAAUUGAAGGAGAUUGAUUGGUAUGGGAAUCGUUUGAGUGGAGAGAUUCCUUCUUCAAUAGGAAGAUUGAAAGAGCUUACUCGGCUUCACUUGAGAGAGAAUGCGCUUGUGGGAAACAUUCCCGCCAGUUUGGGUAACUGUCAUCGAAUGACGGUUUUGGAUUUAGCGGAUAAUCAGCUUUCGGGUUCGAUUCCUCCCUCGUUCGGGUUCUUAACGGCGUUAGAAUUGUUUAUGAUUUACAAUAAUGCUCUUCAAGGAAAUCUUCCGCAUUCGCUUAUCAACCUGAAGAAUCUCACAAGAAUCAAUUUUUCCAGUAACAAGUUUAACGGUACUAUCAGUCCGUUGUGCGGUUCAAGCUCUUAUCUCUCGUUUGAUGUCACGGACAACGGAUUCGAGGGAGACAUACCUCUUGAGCUAGGUAAGUGUCUGAAUCUUGAUCGUUUAAGGCUAGGGAAGAAUCAAUUCACAGGAAGAAUCCCUUGGACAUUUGGGAAGAUCCGUGAGCUUUCUUUGUUGGAUAUCUCGAGGAAUUCUCUCACGGGAAUCAUACCGGUAGAGCUCGGUUUGUGCAAGAAGCUGACACACGUUGAUCUCAACGAUAACUUUCUUUCAGGUGUUAUACCUCCAUGGCUUGGAAAUCUUCCAUUGUUGGGAGAGCUCAAGCUUUCUUCUAAUCAGUUUGUUGGGUCUCUCCCUACUGAGAUUUUCAAUUUAACCCGUCUUCUUACGCUAUCUCUAGAUGGUAAUUCACUUAACGGCUCAAUCCCGCAAGAGAUUGGAAACUUGGAAGCUCUCAAUGCGUUGAACCUUGAAAAGAAUCAGCUUUCAGGUCCUCUUCCUUCAGAGAUAGGCAAGCUGAGCAAACUUUUGGAGCUUCGGUUAUCGAGAAACGCUUUUACCGGAGAGAUCCCAGUUGAGAUUGGACAGCUACAAGAUCUUCAAAGUGCUUUAGAUCUCAGCUACAACAACUUUACGGGACGUAUACCAUCGACGAUUUCGACUUUACAUAAGCUUGAAUCUCUUGAUCUGUCUCACAAUCAGCUUGUAGGAGAAGUUCCUGGCCAAAUCGGUGACAUGAAAAGCUUGGGAUAUCUUAACCUCUCUUACAACAACCUCGAGGGAAAGUUAAAGAAACAGUUCUCUAGAUGGCAAGCUGAUGCAUUUGUAGGCAAUGCAGGUCUUUGUGGAAGCCCUCUUAGUCACUGUAACAGAGCUGGAUCAAACAAGCAACGAAGUCUUAGUCCCAAAACCGUGGUUAUAAUCUCUGCAAUUUCAUCAUUAGCAGCGAUUGCUUUGAUGAUACUUGUUAUCGUCCUUUUCUUCAAGCAAAAUCAUGAUCUUUUCAAGAAAGUGCGAGGCGGAAACAGCGCAUUCUCAUCAAACUCUUCUUCAUCACAAGCUCCUCUCUUUAGAAAUGGAGGUGCAAAGUCAGAUAUAAAGUGGGAUGACAUUAUGGAAGCUACACAUUAUCUUAACGACGGGUUCAUGAUUGGAUCAGGAGGUUCAGGAAAAGUUUACAAAGCGGAUUUGAAGAAUGGCGAGACGAUUGCUGUGAAGAAGAUUCUUUGGAAAGAUGAUUUGAUGUCAAACAAGAGCUUUAACAGAGAGGUUAAGACACUUGGAACAAUCAGACAUAGACAUUUGGUUAAGCUAAUGGGUUAUUGCAGCAGUAAGGCAGAUGGCUUGAAUCUGUUGAUUUACGAGUAUAUGGCGAAUGGAAGCGUUUGGGAUUGGAUUCAUGCGAACGAGAAGACGAAGAAGAAGGAUAUUCUUGAUUGGGAAACAAGAUUGAAAAUAGCAGUUGGGUUGGCUCAAGGAGUGGAGUAUCUUCAUCAUGAUUGUGUUCCACCGAUUGUUCAUCGCGAUAUUAAGUCCAGUAAUGUGCUUCUUGAUUCCAACAUGGAAGCACAUUUAGGAGAUUUCGGACUCGCCAAGAUCUUAACCGGGAAUUAUGACACCAACACAGAAUCAAACACUAUGUUUGCAGGCUCUUAUGGCUACAUCGCGCCAGAGUAUGCUUACUCGUUGAAGGCGACUGAGAAGAGCGAUGUUUACAGUAUGGGGAUAGUCUUGAUGGAGAUAGUGACUGGUAAAAUGCCAACCGAAACAAUGUUUGAUGAAGAGACGGAUAUGGUUAGAUGGGUAGAGAUGGUUCUUGAGACGCCACCGGGUUCUGAAGCAAGAGAGAAGCUGAUUGAUUCAGAGCUUAAACCGCUUUUACCCCGCGAAGAAGAAGCAGCUUACCAGGUUCUUGAAAUAGCAAUUCAGUGCACAAAGACUUAUCCUCAAGAGAGACCAUCUUCAAGACAAGCUAGUGACUACCUUCUUAAUGUCUUCAACAAUAGAGCUUCAAGUUACAGGGAGGCGCAAUCUAACACCGAUAAAUGAUUUUCGAGACGCGAAAGCUGAGCAAACUCGACAUAUUUCUUCUUUUGAAAACUCUGUUUUGGUUGAGAGUAGAUUGAUGCAUUAUUUGCUUAGUAAACAUAUCAGUUUGUGAUAAAUAACGUAAUCAAGCAUGUAUUGCUUU